ACACUGUCCGGCCACUCAGAGAAAAGACACACACCAACAGCGAGCUGCUCCCAAGACCAUGGAGUCCGCCGCCAAAUGUCGUUCUCCCGCCACCUUGCUGCUCCUGCUGCUCCUUGCCCACCUGCUUCCGUCCAUGGCCACGAGCCACGUGGAGAUGGAGUCCGUCUACGUCGGCCAGCGGGUCCUGCCCGUGCGCCUCGGCCGGCCGGCGUUCGGGCCGGAGAGCCUCGCCUUCGACCACCGCGGCAACGGGCCAUACACCGGCGUCUCCAACGGCCGCGUCCUCCGCUGGCGCGGCCCCCUGCGAGGCUGGACCGAGUUCGCCCACAACCACAAGCACGAGACGGUGGCGGCGUGCGCGGCGAAGAAGCGGCUGGUGGUGCCGGAGAGCGCGUGCGGGCGGCCGCUGGGCCUGCAGUUCCACCGGCAGUCCGGCGACCUCUACUACGCGGACGCGUACCUGGGGCUGAUGCGCGUGGGGCGCCGCGGCGGCCAGGCGGAGGCGGUGGCCACGGAGGCCGGCGGCGCGCCGCUCAACUUCGUCAACGGCGUCGACGUCGACCAGGACACCGGACACGUCUACUUCACGGACAGCAGCGCCACGUUCCAGCGGAGCGACUACUUGACGAUCGUCCUGACCGGCGACGCGACGGGGCGGCUGCUGCGGUACGACCCGGCCACGGGCGUCGCCGCCGUGCUGGCGUCCGGCCUGUCCUUCCCCAACGGCGUGGCGGUGAGCGCGGACGGCACGCACCUCGUGUUGGCCGAGACCGCGCGCUGCCGCCUGCUCCGCCACUGGCUGAGCGGGCCACGAGCGGGCACCACCGAGCACUUCGCCGACCUGCCGGGGUACCCCGACAACGUGCGGCUCUCCGACGCCGGCGGGGACAACGGCUACUACUGGGUGGGGCUGAACCGGGACAAGUCGUGGAUGGCAGAGGGCACGACGCCCCGGUCCGUGGCCGCCGUCAGGGUCCGCGCGGCGGACGGCGGCGUGGUCGAGGCGCUGCGCGGGCUCGGGAACGCCACCGUCAGCGAGGUCGUGGAGCGGCCCGGCGGCGCACUCUGGAUCGGCUCCGUCGACACGCCCUACGUUGGCCUCUUCAAGGCAGGCGGCCUCUCCAGCAGCGGUCGUCGUUCGUUGUAAGCUUGCUGUGUAUGUAAGACCUCCGUCCAAGAAGAAUGCAGACUCUCGUUUCCGAUGAGUCAAACAAUUUCAAUUUUAUCUAAAUUUAUAUAAAA